ACAUUUUUGCCGGGCAAGCGUAAGAAACUAGACGCGCAAUUAGUAAUUACUAACUAAACAAUAUUAGUAAAUAGGAAAAGGCAGAAAAACAAUAAUUAAAGUUAAAUAUUUCAUUAAGACUGUAAAUAACCUUCGACUGGCAUUUAAAAUCGCGCGACGGGCAUACUGAAGAGCGCGCUUCGGCAUUUUCGCACAUCGGCACUACGUUCACGUUAAUAGCAGCGGCAUCAUUUUUGCUUGAUUUCGGAGGGUUUUUUUCGGUGAAAAAAGGGAAAAAAGUGCUUGGUUUGGUGCGCCCAAUGGGUAUAUUAUCCUUCCCGCUAGACAGCCGAUGAGUUUAUCACACUUUGCGUGAUUUACUUGCAAGAAACGCGUCGCAUUUCACAUACAGCAUAUUGCACCGACGCACAUGAAAAGUUGAACAUGGAGGACAUAGAAUAUCUAGAUGAGUACAAAGACUUGGUAAUGCCAGGGAUCAAAUCGGCUGCUCCGCCCGCCUCCGCGGCCGGCGGCUCCCGGCAGCGUCGCAUUUCGUCAGACUCGAGCAACUCGUCGUCGAUCGAUGCGGACAUCUUCCAGAAGCUCUUCCACGGGAAGUACCUGGACGACGAGCUGGACCAGGAGGGUUCGGGCUCGGGCUCCAAGUCCCAGGACAGACGUGCCCGCCGCUCCCCCUCCCCCUACUCCUCCAGCGACGAGUCCAACGACGCUUUGGAAGCCCUUUUCAGUCGCAAGAGCAGCAAAUCCAAGCCCUUCAAGCGGCGCGAACGCUACGAGUCCUUUGAUUCGGUGGACGACCUGGGCGAAGCCCUUAUGCGUCCCUCGCAGCGGUCGACUGUACCCAAGCCCAGCACCUCCCAGGCGGCGGGAGCCAGAAAAUCCCACAGCGAUGUUCCACAUACGAAGAGCAACAGCAACAGCAGCAGCAGCAACUAUGGCAAGAAGCCACCGCCUGUUUCCGCUGGAAAAACUGCUCCCAAUCGUAGUCCAAAUGCCAAAGGCAAAGGCUCUGUAAAUGGCAGCAGUCUGGCGUCCAAAAACAAGACAGUUACCAUCAUAAAGGCACAGAAAUCAGAUCUAAUGCCCUCGAAGCACGAGCCCAAAACAGAUCCCUUAAAUCUGGGCGAUUUGUAUGGCGACUCGGACAGCGAUUCGUCCUACGAAUACGAAUCGGACUUUUACGGCGAUCGCGACUCGGAGGACGAGGAUCCCGAACCGGUGAUCGACAUUUCAACGGACACCAGCAGGACCACUUCGGUGGCGGACACUGUGACACCUGUUGUUUCCGAAGACGAGGGCCAGGAGCCGCAGCGGGAGCAGAAUGUGGAGCAAGCGGAGAAUGCGGAGAAUGAGCGGAGUGAGCUUAGUUCGCUGAAUGAGCGGCCUGAGAACGAUCAGGAUUCCGUUCUGAACCGCGUCUACGAGCGCCUGCAAUCGUAUUUGAGUAAUCUCAGUUGCGCCGAGGCGCCGCCAAUCUAUAAGAAACACAAUAGUGCUAGGAAAUCCCGCUCCAACGAAAAGAAACCCUCUUCCUCCGAACAGGUUAAGCAUGCUAAUGACCGAUCAGCGGCCAGUGACAAGGAGGAGGAAAAGGAACGGGAGCGGGAUCAGGAGCCAACGGAGCCCAGCAGCAGUGCCAAAUCCUCGGCCAGCAAGGCCAGUGCAAGUCGCAGGCUGUACGAUGUGGACGACAAUGUCACGCUUGAGACUGUGGAACGCAUGAGCCUUGACCUAGCCGAGCAGAUCUUGGAGAUCGAUGUGGAGCGUUCGCACGAGUUCGAAAAGCGAUCCGGCUCGAAGACGCGCAGCCGAUCAAGAUCUAAGAUCCCAGCGGAUUCGGAAACUCAGCAUGGCAAGAGCCAUGUACGCAAGCUCACCUACUCCAGCGAACGACUAGAUAACUCUGAACCCGCCGGAAACAAGCUGCGGCGUUCGAAGAGCGAGAAUUUCCCCAAACGAGGAAAAAAACAGCGUAAAAGUCGAGCGGCAACCACGGAGGAAAAGACCCUGAAUGCCCAAGAAGGGGAAGGAGUGCCGGUCAAAAAGAAACGCGGAAGGCCUCGUAAAUAUUUUCCAAAGGAGGAGACACCAAAGGUGGAGGCUAUUGAAAAUUCAGCCGAAAGCUUGGAACAGGAAAUUCCGCUCCCAGUGGAAUCCAGCGAGGCGACAGGGGAGACUAAGGAGAAGGUCAAUUUGGAAGAGACACUAGAACAGGAUGAACAAAAAGCCGAGUUAGAAAAUGCCAAAGAAUGUGCAGGAAUUGAAAACCUAACCCAGAAUGAUAUUAACAUGACUUCAUGUGACAACGAAACGGAUCUCAAAAGUGCUCCGGACUUGGAUAAUCAGCUAGAUGGAAAAGAACCGCUUGCUGCAAUGGACACAUCUACCGAAACAUUUGAUACCGCUCAGGAUCACAGCGAAAUAAGCGAGAGUGCGACAAAUCCAAAUGAAUUGGAAGAUAAGGGGUUAGUUUCAGGAAAAGAGGAAAAUCAAAAGGAAGAAAUAACUGAAGUACAAACUGCAGUUGAAGAUACUAAAGAAAUGGAACUACCAACUGAACUUACAAAUGCUGAUGUAGAAGCGCAGGAGGUCUCUGGAAAUAUUCUUGAGGAAAGCGAUUCACAGCUGGCUGAGGACAUUAAGUUGGCUGAAGAGAUCUUGGCCGCCGAAGUUGGAAAAGGAAUUGAAGUAAACGAGGUAACAGUGGCAUCAGAAGAAGGUGGUCAAAAUCCUGUAAUCGAAAUUGUCAAAGAGCUGGAGCAGGAAACAAUUUUAGAACCUGUGUCAGUGCCAAACAAUCCCAGUCAGUCUGAAGAAACGUAUCCAGAUCAAGAGGAAAUUUUAGGUGAUGAACAAAGUGCAGAUGAGAUACAGACUGCAGAUGAAGAGCCUACUAAGGAUGAGCCACCUGCAGUAUCUAGCGAUCAGAAUCAGCAAGAGGAAGCUCCCAAGGAGGAGCUAUUACCAUGUUCAGAAGUUCCUCCUAGCCAAGUUUCUCCAGCCAAGAAACAAAAUCCCUCUUCACCAGCUAAUACGCCCAAGAAAUCAAGAGAGCUCGAAGGUCUGGAGAGUUCCGUUGCAAGAAGAGCGCUUCGAUCCGAUAAAGUAGCUCCGCAGACACAGCGGGAAAGUCGCUCCAAGAUGCCACGGAGAACUGAACUUGCUCUUCUUAUGGAUAAUUCCUCGCGACGAAGUAGUCCACGAAUGGGAAGAUCGGCAGGGGAUAGCCAGUCCUCACAAGAACGCUCUCCGGCUGAAAGGAAAGUGACAACCUCCAAGUUGGCCAAAGAAAAUGCAACAGAAAGAAAAUCGCUUCCAUCUGAGACUGAAACCAAGGUUGCAAAGGAAACCAAAACAACUGAAGACAAUCCAAUUGCAGAUACUUCCAAACUGGCAGAAGAAAAGCUGAACGAUAGCGCACCUGAAAUAAAAAGAGGCAAGGGUAGGCCAUUGAAGUCAAAUAAAACCAGGAGAACUCAGGGAGCAGAAAGUAAGGCUACAACUGCGGAUUCAAACGAAGAGCUUCCAUCUACCUCAAAGUGCGCUGAAGAAUAUUCAACCUCAAGCGAAUCAGAGCUGAAAGACGAAAAGACCGAACUUCUAUUGCCUCCAGACCCACCAGCAGAUGUAGAACAAUCCAAAGCGAGGGAAACUGAUACGGCACAGGUUGAAGAAAAGCCCACCAGUCCCAGAAAAACCCGAAGAACGCUGCAGGAAAAACGCAAACCUGAUAGCGAAACGCCUUCCGAACAAAUUGCACCUAAAAGUGAGGAAAAGGAAGAGCCAACUUCUGGCAGAUUAAGCCGUAAAGACAAGGCAAUAGUUGAAGCAGCCAAGUCUCAAAAGGACGAAAGUCCACCGGCCAAAUCUCAUUCUACUGGAAGAAGAGUGACUUCAAAGGAAAAACCUUCCAAAAAAGAUCAAACUGAAGAGCAAGCCAAUAAGUCCCUAGAACCCGUUGUCAAACAAACUGACAAGGAAAAUAAAAGAAAAUCAAAAAUGAGUCAAAGUAGUGAUGAAAAAUCUGAUAGUCAAAUGGAAUCGGAUCUUGAGAAAAAUACGAAAAAGCCGGAGGUCGAAUUAGACACAACGAAAGCUGUUCCCUCAGACGCAGAAUUGGAUGCAAUUCCAAAGGACUCUGCACAAGAUGUUUCUAAGAUUUCGACGGAUAAAAAACCCACAGAGAAAACUGCUGAAUCGGAUACAGAGGAGCAAACCGAUAAACCUACAUCUUCUGAAUGCUCUGAAGUCCCCGAUGACUCUUUAAACAUAGCUGAAACCGAGAAGGAGGCGGGUUCACAGCUAAGUAUGGAAACAGAUCAACCAACAUCUUCUGAAUCAAUUGCCUCCGCUGAAAACCCGGAAGAAUCAAAGGACAAACAGAAAAUCUCGAGACUAGAAAGUGGAAGGAUUAGAAAGCGUAGGCAGGCAGUAACCGUUGAGGAUCCUGAGGAUGCUUUAAUUACUACUGAGCCAAACGAAAACGAUAACCCUGCGCCUUCCGAUUCCAGCCAAGAAGAACCCGAACCUUCAUUUCGGUUUGGAAAAACCCCAACGAAAACAUACUUAACGAAUAAAAGAAACAAAAUAACGUCAUCACCCUCGACUUUGGAAUCUUCGGAAAUCGUACAGAAACCAGUCGAGUUGAAAAGCACAUCUAACAACGAAAAUGAAGUUUUGGACUCGGUUUCGGUGCCAGCUGAAGCUUCGCCAGAAAGUUGCGCGGCCAUUCUCCCGAGUACCUCUACAGAGAAUUCGCAGACGGAUUUACCAACUACUCCGACAACAAGCAGUGACCAAACCAAAAAGACCUUCAGUACAAAUAAAAAAUCAUCGAAAUCCAAAAAUCGUGGUCCUAGGGGGGCUAAGAAGCCUGAGGAUAGUCCUAGUCUAGCAUCUGAAUCCUUGACCUCUACAAACCAAACAGAACUGAGUACUCCCAAAGUCUCCUGUCGCAAGCUUCGAAUUUUGAUUAAAAGAACUCCCACAUCUAAUUUCCCAAAAGUUGUAAAGAAAUCUUCCGUCCUAAAGAAAACUCCCGUCAAAACAAAGCGAUUAAACAGAAUUAUUGAGAGCACCGAAGAAAAUGCGUUUCCCGAGCAAUGGGAUAAUGAGACGGCGGUUCCUUCUGGUGAAACUUAUCCUGAUCCUGAUCCUGUUCAAGAAACGGUUACCGUUUCUGUUCCUAAAUCCGAUCCGGUUCCUGAAACUAAGCCAAUCCUAAAUGAAGAAGUUCCUAAGGAAGCACCGGAGAACGAGGAAAAUGACACUGCAAAUGAAUUAGAAGAUAAACUAGAAACAAAACACGACCAAGUCUCCGAAGAUAUAGAAACUCCUGCCAAGGGGGAAGAACCCAUCACAGAAGGAUCCUCUGAAGCCGUCGAGCCAAAAGAUAGUGCUCAUGUUGUCCAGGAAUCAAAUAAUGAGGAGAGUAGUUCUAUAACUAUGACGGAGCAAGCGGAGGAUACCUUAAACGAGGAAUUGCCUAAAGAGGAAGUGCCAAAAGAUGAACAACCAAAAGGGGAAAGUCAAGAAGAGGAAACCCCUACAGAUCAAAACUCAGAUAAUGAAGUCUUGAACGAAGAAUCACCCUCCAAAGAGGAGGACAGUGAUUCGGAGGAGAUACCAAAUCUUGUACCGAUUGAGGAGCAACCCGAAACCGAUGUUACGGAUGAUGAUGAACCCGCUCAAAGCCCAAUCCCCGACUCAACGGAAACAACAAGUGUCACAGACGAUCCCGAGGCCAGCACUUCCAGCGCAGUGGUAAAGCGCAGUUUGCGCAAGCGGGAAGCGGAUUCCUCACAGCCAGAUGAAGCUGCUAGGCGAAAGCAACGCCAAAAUAUGGAGAAGUCGGCAACUGAAAGACAAGAACUGGUCAAACAAAUUCGCCGACGCCAACUACGCGAGGAAGAAGAGCGACCUACCCUUAAACGCUCCAAAGUUGAUCCUGAAACCAAAGCCAAUUCAAAGUCCAAAUUCAUCUCUAUUAUUGGUAACGAGACCAUCAUGUCAUCCACAAAGCCGCCGAUUAAGGAAACCAAAAGCGAGGUGGCAAAAACAUCUCAAGCGGAAAGGAAGUCGACGGUCAGGGAAUCUAAACACGUUGAGAUCACCAGGCAUAUCAUACUACCACCACCUCCCAGGAAGGCGAUGAACCCUGGUAGUCCAACUGCGGCGGUCAAGAAACCUUUGGUGCAGACCCUUCUCAGCUCCACUCUUGGUCUACAAAAACCAGUGGAUGGUUCUCCUGUGACAAGCAAGAAAUCCUUGAACAAAUCGGAUGCCGAUGAAAACAAGGACGGCGAUCAGCCGGCACUAAGCUCCUCCAUUGUGAUGACUAAGAAAUCCUUACCAGCCAGCAAGAAAAUUGAAUCUCAAAAGGAUGAUGCAUCGUCGGCUGCUCCGAGGAAGGUUAACAUAUCGGUUUCUGUGGUCUCUUCAAGCGAAACUGCAGCAGAGGCUUCUAAAACUCCUGGUUCCACUCCCGAAACGUCGCCAAUUUUGCCGCGAAAGGCACAGAUUAAGAAAACUGAAGCCAAUAAGAAAUCUGAGGUCAUUAAGAAAGCGGAGGUGAAGAAGAAAACCACAUCACAAGGCACUCAGGGAAAACCUGCAAAGUCGGAGGAAGCUGCAGAGCCAUCAAAGAAAUCUGUUUCUUCAGCUGCGACUGGGCGGAAACCACUACCGCAGUCGGAAGCUCCUAAGAAAACUGAAAGCAGGAAGUCAGAGGCAUCUUCGGGAGAAUUAAAUCCCCGUAAAGCGCCGCCUCAAGUGGAUCGUUCUAAAAAAGUCGAAGCCAGGAAAUCAGCAGGAGCUUCUUUAACUGCAGCUGCUCGGGAACAAAUCCCGCAAACAGAUGUCGCCAAGAAAACCGAAGCCAGGAAAUCUGAGGGAUCUUCUUUGCCUGCAAAUGCUCGUAAAUUAGUAUCUCAAAAAGAUGCCGCCACGAAAAGCGAAGCCCGGAAAUCUGAGGCUCCUCCUAAAGCGGCUACGGACGAGGAAAUUGUCAAGAGAGUCCCAGCCGAGACAAUUGUGACAACGGUCAGGGGUCGCGGGUCCGUCAAGAAAACCAAACCCGAUCCGCGCAAGUCGAAAGCCAAGCCGGAGUUACCUUCCUCGGACGUUGAAACGGCCACCGACUCGCGGGAUUCUUCCCGCGAUAAAUCUGAAAGACCCGUAACUGUGUCUUCUCGGCAAUUUAGCUUAAAUAAGUCUGUUCAUAUGACACGAGCUGCCAGCACCAACAGAUCAUUGGCUCCCACACCAACUCCCAUGCAGCGAAAUGAUUCGGAGCAACAGCUACCGAUGAUGGAAUCUUCCUUGGAGAAGACUUUCAAGUCUCGUGGACGUGGCGGUAAGAAGGGGCAACCCGCUAUGAAAAGAAAAGCCGAAGAAGCUGCGGACGCCAAUGAACUGGCCAUUGCAAAGCGACCCAGAGAGCAGCCUGAUGAGGAUUUGCCUGGUUUUUUGGCAUUCCCAGUGAAAAUAACUUCCACCAGCUCCACCGUUGAUCCACUAGCCGUUUCUCCUACGACUAAACCAGCUGAGCAGCUGGGUAAAGUACGCAAACUUCGCGUUAGAAUAAAUCGCAGCCCCUUCAACCAGUGGCUACAGGAGAAGAAGAACCGCGAGAAACAGGCAGGCUUACGGAAACUACUUGCACCAACCCGUGAGACCUCGGAAACAGAUUCUGCGGCAGAGUCCAUGUCGGAAUCAAUGCGGCAGCCCCAGGCAGAUCCUGCAGCGACUGUUGUUAAGCCAGCUUCUUCAACCGCAGCUCCAGCUGCUCCUCCAUCUGCAUCUGUGAAAGCCCAGAAGGCAACGCAACCAGCUAAAACCACAUUGAAAACCGCUAUUUAUCCGCUGACCGAAAAAGAUCUUCCCAGCGACGCAACGCUUUCAGAGAACGCCAAGAAACUGGAGAACCAGCGACGGGUGAUACAGUAUCACGCCAAGUUGAUGCCACUUCCCGUUCCGAUUCCAGAGGUGAAGAGCGAGCCAGAGGAUGCUCCGCCGGAGCCCAUGGACGAGGAUCCACUUAUGGUGCCCUUGCCUGUGGCAGCAACAGAAGCACCAGUAGCACCGCCACCACUAUCGGGGAUUGAGGACACUGGCCCCCCCACCACCAUUCAAAUCAACAACUUGGCUGCUUCCACUUCCUCGCGCGUGAGUGCCUCCCAUUUGAUUCCCUCGGCCAGUGCCGGCGGCAAUCCCAAUUCCGUUGGCCAGACCAAGAUGUUCUCCUUCCUGUACCCGAUGCGCUACAAGCGAGCGUACGACGACGUGGGCCUGGACUUUUGCUGUCCAAAUCUGGAUGGGCCGAUGCGGGCCAUUGAUUUCACGCGCCUGCAUUCGACCGCCGAGGUGCCGGUGCUGGAGGUGCCGCAGUUCCUGGUCAUUACCACCAAGUUAAUCUCCAAGGGGGAGAAGAAUCUUCCCAGCAAGGUGCGAGCUAAGAUGGACUUGAUGGGUAAAGCGAAGGAUUUGAGUGAUUCUAUUCCGGCUUCUGGUCAGACGCCCGCUUCCGAAGCUCCUCCACCGAUUAUACAAAGUAUUCCUCCCGCUCCUGUUGCCCCAACGAAACCAGAUUCCUCCAGCAUUCCCACAACCAUGGAUACAUCCCAGUUCCCUUCCGCUGUUCCAUCUGAUCCAGCUCCUCCAGUAGUUUCCCAGUUGUCGCGAGGCAUAACGAAGAGAACUUCACAACCAGGCGCUGUUAUUCCGGCCACAGCCAGCUCCUCGAUGGCAGCCAAUCUGCCGCCGACACUCAUCCAGUUGCCACCAAUUUGCCCUGCGGACCAGCAGCGAGUGGAGCUGCAGGCAAAGGUUCAAGCGUUCGAUCUGGUUCUCCAGACUCUCAGCCGGCGGGCCGCCAACUUAACGGUGGCCGAGAGACAGAGCACCAUUGAGGAGAUCGUGAGGACCAGCUCGCUGAUGGCCAUCGACGUGGAUGUGGGCACCAAGUUGUUGGAGAACUACGUGCAUUAUCUAAACAAGGUCACCAGCACGAGUACGCCUUUGCCGCAGCCGCAAAUUAGCUCUGCGACUCCCAUCGCUGCUAAUCCCUUGCUUCCCAUCGCAUCUACCAGCUCUUCGCUUUCCAAAAGCAUCGUGAGCUCCAGCACCGCCUCUGCCUCCGAUACGCCAACUCCGCGCAGCUCCCUUCCCACCAGCGUUCCCCUCUACGAUGCGGACAAGAAUAUCAUUGGCUUUCAGUGUCCAACCGCGAAGCCACCGACUGUGGGGCGAAAGGCUGCUCCGGCUGCCACCAGCACGCCUGCAAGAGCAUCUACAUCCUCGACAGCAGCGGCAGCAAAGGUGCAGUUGCGUUCCACGCAGGGAGGAAGAAAGAGUGUCGGAGGAAACGCCAGUCAGAUUGUCAAUCUGAACACGACGGUGUCUAUGAACAAGCCAGCGCCAAAAGUGAUCCCCAAAAAUAAACAAGCGGCACAGGGCACUGUGACGUCCAUUAAUCAGCCGGCAACUGUGCAGAGGCAGGUGCUAUGCAAGAAGAAAACCACGCCGAUAAGAACGGUCACUCAGACCAAGACGACACCAUCACCCGCGGCACCAGCAUCCACUACACGAGCUCCGACGAAACCAAGAGCGACACCCAGUACAGUACCAGAUGCCGCCCCAGUUGUAGCCCCCGCCGGAAUGAGUCUCAGUAGCACCUCGAAUCCGAAUGUGUUUAUCAUCAACCAGGCCUUGCAGCCGGAGGAAAGCAUCCUGCCCGAUUCAAACAAUGCGGUAGCGCCCAUGGAAACGGAGAUCAAGGGCGAACUGGACGACUCUUCGGAGGUUAUUAUCUAGCGGAGCAAAGACUAUAAACCAGAUGGAAAGUAUUCUAAGUUACUUUAACACAGUUAAUUAAGAAAAGUUAAUUAUUUCGUUGAACGCAAGAACAGAAUUAUGUAAUUCUAUUAUGAAGAAUUUGUUAAACCUUUCGCACCAUUCAAUAAUUUUUUCUGAAAAUAAAUGGAUUAAAAUUGUAAUCAAUGUGCGGUUUUGAAGUUAGUAAGUGUAUAUUUUUAGAAGUUAACAUUGCAUAGUUGAUAAAAAAUCACACAACACACACUAAUUA